CUCCACUUCAAAACACAGUACGGCACCGGCAGCAGACGACGUCAAAAUGUCACCACACUACCUCCUCAUCCUCACUCUUGCUGUGGCCGUCAGUGCCAGGACAGCCUCCACCAAUCAGAAUACAGUAAACGAGGCCAGGAGUUCAGAAGACAACGUUCUAGGAGACCUCAAAUUCGCCUACGAAACCUACAAAGACUGCAGUGCAACUGAAAUCUCCUCCUGCCUCAAACUGAAGUUAGCGAGGGCAUUGAACAGAUUAACGAAGAGUGAGGAACUUUCCUUACUAAGUGGAGUCACACUGGUGAAGGAGAAAGAUGCGAAGAUCGAUAGCGAAGUGGAGGAGGCGAUUCCUAGAGGUCUCGAUGAGAGCUCGUUGGACAACCUUAUCUUGGACAAAAUCGUUGGAUUCUUCCAGUCUCAUUCCGUCCAGGUCAAAUUCCCUUCUAGCACAGAAGUGCGUGAAGAAGGCAGGCAGCGUAGCGGUCGCAAGAAGCUGGCUCCACUCCUUGCCAUCCCCCUUCUGAUCGGAGGGUUCAUGGUGCCUUUGGCCUUUGGUGCUUUAGCCCUUCUCGCUGGCAAAGCCUUGAUCGUGUCUAAGCUGGCCUUGGUGCUCGCCGGUAUCAUUGGGUUGAAGAAACUGCUUUCCCAUAACGGCAACAAUGAAUCUCACGAGGUUGUUGUCUCGGCAGGACAUAGCGCUUCUGGAUGGAGCAGGUCAAUGGAGAAGGCUCAAGACUUAGCGUACAACGCGUACGCUCCUGCACAACAGUAGCCAACAAUACCACCAAAUAAUUAAUUUAUUUGCAAAAUAAGGGAAAAAUCG